GUCUGGUUUUUGUCCAUGUCCGUUAGCCAUCCACAGAAAAAUGGUCUUCUAUUACUUUUACAAGCUGCCAAGAAGUUGGAUGAAGAAGAAACAUUACAUCGAUAUUCCUAUAGUACAGAUAAGUGGGAACAUAGAUCUCAGAGAAAUUACGAUGAAACACACUCAUCAUACUCCUGUCCUCACAGUUAUAGCUCACAAAAACGACCAGUCACAUCUGUGAGAUGCACACACAAUGAGCUUGAAAAAAGUCGCCGUGCUCACCUUCGUACUUGUAUGGAGACCCUAAAAGAGCACCUAAAUUUCGAUAAUGACGUACCAAGAAUAACUAUGCUGACAGUUCUAAAAAAGGCCACAGCUACUAUACAACUUUUAAAACAGAAAAAGCAGUGUCUUGAGGUCUAUGAAGAUAGUGAAAAACAAAGAUGUGUUCAAUUGCUCAAACGACGCCAAGCUCUUAGAAAAAAGUUGGAAGAGAAAAGAAGUCGUUCAUUAAAGCUACAGAGUUGGAAAGAAAGAAAUCGCAAUUGUUCUGAGUGUUCUAUUGCGACUACAUCUUCAGGUAAGAUUUGUUUCAUUGAACCUCUUGACAAUGGUUCCUAUGAUUCUAAAAUACUAUCUUAUUUCUUUACAGACGAUUCUGAAAUGGAUUUACGAUCUGGUUCUUUAUCUAAUAUAACUACACCGUCUUUAAAUAACAACACACAACUAUCUAAUACAGCAGCAGCGGGUCUCAACACAUGUGUUAAUGAUCCAAACUUUGUCUUACACAUAUCGAAACACAGAAGUCUCAGUUCACCCAUUGGCACUAUAAGCAGUUCACCUGUCGGUUUGGAUGCUUUCGAUGCAAGUAGUUCAGAUUCAGGAUUUGAGGAAAUCACUAUAUCUUCUAAUGGUGUUGUAUCUCCAAAUGAAAACUCACUAACUUAUUGUAUCAAUGAUAGAUCUCAAUGUGUGUCAGCAUAUUCAAACAAGUCAUCUUUUUAUUUCCUUCGUCGACUGUUUGUUGUUCAUUCUACUCAGAAUUUUUUCAUUUGCGUGCAUCAUAGUCAAUGCUGCAAAUUGGACAUUUCGACGGCUUUCAGUCACAUCGUGCCAAUCAGUUUCCUCACAUUGUGUUCACUGAUAGUGCAGUUUAUUUAUGUGCUCAAUUAUCUGGUCUGGAAUUUUCGCUUUGUUAAAAACAUUACUAAUUUGUAGCAGCUCGACGUUUAUCUUCUAUCAUCAUACGUAUUCUGAACUUUAUUUAUUUUCAGUUCUCGGUAAGUAUUUACUGUCGCUGGUCAUGUCAAUUUAGUAGUGACUACGAGUUUUUAGAGACUAUUGAGUGGAUUGUAAUUGAUAUUUAGGACUGUUCUCAUACUUUACCGACAUAUUAGUUUUAAACGCACAUUCCCUUUCCUGUUUUUAAUUAUCUUAAUCCUUCCCACUGUUGGUGCGUAAUGCAAACUGUGAUUCUGCUCUAUUUUGCAUUUUACUGAAUAAUAUUCGAGAGCCCUCAUAGUUGCCUGCUGUAUCUAGCAGAUUUUGAAUUAAACCGCUUAAUAUAUUUCCCCGUUUAUCUAAUCCCUUCAACUUUAUUUGUUGUCGUAUAUUCCUCGAGUACUCACCUAAUAUUUCUGUGCGGAUGCCAGAUAUGUCUUUCACGAAUGAGUCACUAUGCUUCUGAAUCUCGUGCUAUACACAAAUUACUGAAAUUUCUUGGACUGUCUCGUGUCUUUUCCAGCUUACAAGUCACGUGCAAUUUCGGCAGCGGCUUUAUAACGUGCUUCGUGGGCAUAUGUAUGCCAAUAUGAACUUUGUAUAGUAUUUUUCUGCGAAGGGUAUACAUGCUUUUAAAGAUAAUCUGAUCAUCUAUCCAACGUGGGUGCUUAAUGCACUUGCAUUAUUUUUUAGUGAUUUUGUCCAGUUUUUAACGGCAGCAAAUUUGCUAGCUGUGAUUGUUUGUACAUUUAAUGUUAGAAACCUUAUAUGUUGCCUGAUAUUCAAGUGACAAACUUAUAAAUCCUGAUUGAUCUGUUUGUAAAUAAGACAAUUCUUUCCUCAUUAAAGUUGUUAUUUCGAAAUAUCCCUACAAUGGCAGCUGUUUUAUUGUAAACGAAGUUUAUUUCCUAAAGGCAAUCUGCCAUGUUAAUACCCUAAUUCGCUUGUAAUAAUAUUGAUCCUUUUCAAAUUGUCUAUAUAUUGUCUGCUUUCAAUCUGUUUCAUUUAUGAUCCAUUUAAUUGGGUCUCUUAACAACUGAUCUCGUUCAAAUCAACCAUUUCGUCUUUUUU